UUCUCUACUUGAAUGCCUUCAAUUUGCAGGCGUAUUUAUCUCUUCCAGAGGGGACAGCUUCUGUUGUUGGUCUCAUAGCAAUGAUGACUGAUCAUUAUAAUGUGCUGGAAGGGAGUGAUAGUGAUAAGGAGAGUAGUGAUGCACCAGAAUCUCAAAAACCUUUGAAACGGAAGCGUGGGAAAGUUCAGCUUAGUUUUUCUAAAGAUUCUGUUCAAAGUCAUUCAGUUGCUUCUAAUGAUGGUUGUCUCUCUUUGUUGAAGAAAAGACACUUUGAUGGUAGCCAGCCUCGUGCAGUUGGAAAACGAACGCCUCGCAUACCGAUUUCCCACUCUCAUAAAAAAUUCAAUCGGGAAAAUUUUGUUUCACCAAUUAAAAGAAGCCUGAAAUCAGAGAGUAAUGCUAAUGAUGAUGAAGUUGCUCAUGUUGCAGCACUGGCUUUAACCGAGGCUGCACAAAGAGGAGGCUCUCCUCAUAUUUCUCAAACUCAAUACAGAAGAGCAGAGCAGAAAUCCUCUCCUGUUCAAAGCUGGGAAAGAAUGCAGUCAAAGACAGCUCGUCCCAAGUUUCACGAGGCUUCUGCGGAUGAAGAGUGCCCGGAAGGUAGCGUAGAGAGCGGAGAGGCUGAAAAUGGAGAAUAUGCUAGAGAUACUAGUCCAUUGACGAACAUGGAAGGCAUUGGCACAGUUGAAGUACAUCAGAAGGGGAAGAAAACAUACAGAAAGAAAGAGAAAGCAGAAAAUGUUCGAAACUAUCAGUUUGAUGAUGGUGGAGAAGCAUGUAGUGGCACUGAAGAAGGACUUUAUUUUAAUUCUUUGAAGGAAAAGGUUGAUAGUGAGGUUACUAAUGCCAAACCCGAGCGAUUCUCUCCUAAAGGUCAGAGGAAACGAAGCAAAAAACUUUUCUUUGGAGAUGAAAGCUCUGCCUUGGAUGCUUUACAAACUUUGGCUGAUCUGUCUUUAAUGAUGCCUGGCUCUGCAAUGGAUUCUGAGUCAUCGGUCCAGUUGAAGGAGGAAAGAAUGACUGUUGAUAAAGAUGAUAAGACUGCUUUGCCUGAAACUACGUUUACUAGCCAAAACAGAGACAAACUUAAACUCCCAGGUCCAAAACAAAAGGUUUUUCAUGCAGUUCCUGGAGUUGAUGCUUCAACGAUGAGAAAAUCUAAACUUGGCCGGGAGUUAGAAAAUGAAACGAAUGCUUCAGCUGAAUCAAAAGAACUUAUAACUCCUGAUAAGACAUGGAAAAGAAAACGCAAGUCUGUGGUCUCUAAGGCUGUAUCUGAUGAAGAGAACAAACCAAUGGUUAAAGGAAAACAGAGUGGUCAGGUUUUUGCGCUCCCAAAACAAUUGAAACCAGUCAGAUCAUCGGAGAGCUCCUUGUGCAGUGAUCCAAAAGAUUUAACAGUAUCAACUGCAGAAAUUCCACUAGCAAGUGAAGUUAGUUUACCAAAUAAAAAAAGUAGGCGUAAGAUGACUCUACAGAAGACAUUCAAUAUGAAAGAGAAAUCUUCUGAGAACAUAUUGAAAAAACAACCUAGUAAGUACUCUUCCAACCUUCAAGACAGGGCUCCAUAUUUAAAGGAAAAGCUUUCUGGCUGCUUGUCAUCGUAUACGGUUCGCAGGUGGUGUACUUUUGAGUGGUUUUAUAGUGCAAUUGAUUAUCCGUGGUUUGCCAAAAGGGAAUUCAUGGAGUACUUAAACCAUGUUGGAUUAGGGAAUAUCCCAAGGCUAACUCGUGUUGAGUGGAGUGUUAUAAAAAGUUCCCUGGGGAAACCUCGCAGGUUCUCUGAGCACUUUCUUCAUGAAGAAAGACAAAAACUCAAACAGUAUAGGGAAUCUGUGAGGAAACAUUACACUGAACUCCGCACUGGUAUCAGGGAUGGACUCCCAACAGAUCUAGCGAGACCUUUAUCUGUUGGACAACGAGUAAUUGCUAUUCACCCCAAAUCAAGAGAGGUUCAUGAUGGGAGUGUGCUUACUGUUGACCAUGACAAAUGCAGGGUUCAAUUUGACCGUCCUGAAUUAGGGGUUGAAUUUGUCAUGGAUAUUGAUUGCAUGCCUGUGAAUCCCGUGGAUAAUAUGCCAGAAGCUCUGAGAAGACAAAUUGGUGCUGGCAAAGUUUCUCAUAUGGGCAAACCGCUACAGAUAAAUGAAAUUUCUAAUUUUGAGGGUGGGGUAAUAGGCGGUUCAUGUGGACCCCUGGAGAAGCCACCCGCCUCUUCAAGUACUUUGGUAAAGGCGGGAAAGGAGGAUGUUAAUCAUGUUGCCCAAGCAAAGGUUGGAACCAUUGAUAAUGUUGAUACACUACAGGAAGCAUAUGCUCAGCCUUGUACAUUCACACAUCAUCAAGCCAGAGAAGCUGAUAUACGUGCCCUUUCUGAACUGACUCGUGCUCUAGAUAAAAAGGAAAAAUUGUUAAUGGAGCUUAGAAAUGCAAAUAAUGACAUAUUGGAAAACCAAAAUGACGUAGACUACUUUAAAGAUUCAGAGUCUUUCAAGAAGCAUUACGCCACGGUACUUGUACAGCUAAAGGAAGCCAGUGGGCAGGUUUCUUCUGCUCUUCUUAACUUGAGGCAACGAAAUACAUACACUGGAAACUCUCCAUUACCUUGGGUGAAGACCCCUGCAAGUUUCAAUGUUCAAGAUGAUCUUCCAUGUGCAUUAGAUAGUUCUCUAACGCAAGAGUUAGCAUCAGGCGUUAUUGAAAUUAUCAAAGGAUCCAGGCUAAGAGCACAUGCCAUGGUAGAUGCUGCAAUUCAGACAUUGUCUUCGACUAAAGAAGGUGAUGAUGCUUUCAUGAGGAUAGGGCAAGCGUUGGAUUCCAUUGAUUAUCAACAAUUGGCCUCCAACUCUAAAGUGAAUGGCAGUUUUGGUCUCCAUGAUCAGUCGAUUUGCUGUGCGUCAGAAACUCUGCAUAGUGAUACAUCAGGUCCGAAAUUGCUGAAUGAUUCCCACAAAGUUGAUACUCAAGUUCCUUCCGAGCUCAUUACAUCAUGCGUUGCUACUUUGAUCAUGAUUCAGACUUGUACUGAACGGCAAUACCCACCAGCUGAUGUUGCUCAGAUAUUAGAUUCAGCCGUGAACAGCCUGCAUCCCUGCUGUCCUCAAAACCUUCCUAUAUACAGGGAAAUUAAGAUGUGCAUGGGACGAAUUAAGACCCAGAUUUUAGCUCUUAUCCCGACUUGAUUUGUAUCCUCUCUUGUAUUGUUAAUUUGUUGUACAUAUGAUGCUGGAAAAUUCAAUUGAGUUCGUCGUCCCCCUGUAAUAUUAUGUUCAUUUCAUGUCAGCAAGCUUCGUUGCUAGUUAGUAUUAGUGAUAAUAUAUUUCACCACCCUCGUCUACAUUUCUUAUAAUAAAUUUGCGCUUGGGUGGUGGAUCAAGCUUUGAUGCGUAACUGAGGGUUCGAAGUUAACAGUCUUGAUGCUGUUUGUUUGCAUCUGCUGUUUCAUUUAGAUUAGUUUCCAAUGAACAUGCUUCCCAAUGCAAUUUUCUACAACAUUGUAAUUUUAAGAAAUUAUCCAGUUGAUUGCAUUUCGAUGUUUAAA